UCUCAGCUAAGUAGCCCUGGUGACCGAGAUUGGUAACUCGUGACCUGUCCUUUAUUGCGAGCGCCUGUUCUUAUUGAGAAUAAAACAUUUGUUCCUGACAUUCCCCCCGGGGAGAGGGUGUCAGGAGGUGACCGGGCCCGGUACCUCCGUCGGGGUUUAGAGUAGUGCCCGGACGGUCGGAGUCGGUGACACGCGGGACCGGGACCGGGACGGACCGGGACGGGGAGGCGGCCAUUAUCAUCAUCACCAUCAUCAGGACCAUGUUAUCGGAGAGGGAGCAGUGCGGCUGCCGGGAGCUGCUGCAGAUCCUGGCCCAGGGCGAGCUCAUCUCGGUGGCCGACACCGUCACCAAUCGCAUGUUGAAGAUAGAGAACAGCGCAGAAGCAAUGGAUGCAAUACUGUGUUACAGUCAGAGCGCUGAAGAGCUACUGAAAAGGAAGAAGAUCCACCGUGAGAUAAUAUUUCAAUAUUUAGCAAAACAUAACAUUGUUGUGCCAUGUAAUGCAGAGAAACAUCAGCUUGUUCAGAAAGUUAUAGAAUAUUGGAGGGAAGGCGGCACAGCAUCCCAGAAAAAUAAUUCUUCAGGAAGCACAUCAGGAAAUAACGUCCCACCACAUGAUGUAGCAGCAAACUACAAGUAUGAUUACCAAGCUAUGGGACUCGAAUUCUGCAAGUGGUUUUAUCAGCUUUUGAACUCCCAGAAUCCUUUACUGCAAGAACAAUCGAAAGAGUGGGGCCCCCAGCACUUUUGGGAAGAUGUUAUACUUAAAUUUUCCUACAGAACUUCCGAGCAGCAGUUGGAGGUAUACACUGGCGCAGUUAUGGUCAGCCUCCGUUUAUUAGCACUGACAAAAGAGGAACAUCUAUUCCUGAAUCCUAACCUGACUGGCAGUGGACUGAAGUGCAUCCAUUCACCUCAUGGAUUAGUCAUUAUUGCAGUGGCUGGCACCAUUCACAGAGAGUCAAUCUGCCUGGGAAUUUUUGAGCAAAUCUUUGGUCUUAUCCGUUGUCCAAGCAGUGAGAAUAAUUGGAAGAUGAAAUUUGUCCACCUAAAGAUCACUGGUCAUGGUGCAGCAGCGCAGGUGGCUGUCCAGCCCAAUGAGGAUGCAGAUCUCCCUAUCAUCAAAUAUGAAUCCAAUGAGCUCCUGCAAGUUUUUGAAGAACACACUGUAGGAAUUUGUGAUUGAGGCUGUGUGCCCUGUUCUGCCCUUAUGAAACAUUGGAACAUCUGUCAAUUGCUUUAUGACAUCAAAAGUGCAAUGCUGUAUUUGUGCUAGAAUUCAGUACAAUAUAUUGCAAAGCAGCCAGUACCACAAUUCAUGCUGAUAUGUAAAUACUGGUGCUGACAAAACUAAUGAAAACAGACUGCAUUUAUUGCCCAUGUAACAUGAUACCAGUAUUUGCAAUAUUGUCAAAAACCUUGAGUGAGGAAAUGUUAUAAAAUUGGUUCUUACCAAAGGAUAAAUGUUAUUUCAACAAAUAUUCUCUCUUUGCCUUCCCCCACCCAUACUGGUUACAAAUACAUUUGCUCCAUUUUUAGAUUGUAAUCACUAAAUGUAGUUGAUGAAGCUCUAUUUUCUCAGAUUAUGGUGACUCCUUGUCUCUUGCUGGCACUUUUGACUGUUGAGUAAGAAGAUUGGCGUUCAGCCCCACUCUAAUCUGAGGAACAGAUAAACAAGGUUAACACUGCAUUACAGUGCUGAAGGAGUAUUGCAUUAUUGGAGCUGCUGUUCUUUAGAUGAUAUCCAAAAUUAAGAAUAGAAAAUGCUGGAAAUACUCAGCAGAUCUGGCAGUAUCUAUGAAGAGAGAAGCAGAGUUAACGUUUCAGGUCAGUGAUCCAAACUGAUGAAGAGUCAGUGACCUGAAAUGUUAUCCGUAUUUCUCACUCCACAGAUGCUGCCAGAUCUGCUGAGUAAUUCCAGCAUUUUCUGUUUUCAUUUCAGAUUUUCAGCAUCCAUAAUGUUUUGAUUUUGUCCCAAAUUAAGAACCUGUCUCCCUCAACUAUUACCACUAAAUAAAGAUAAACUAGUCAUGCAUCUGAUUGCUGUUUGUGGAAUCUUGGUCUGCACAAUACCACCACGUCUGCCUAUAUAACAACAUUCUAUCCACUCUGAAGCAAAAAGUUAUUUUGUGAAGUCCUUUGAAGCUCUUUGUGUUUGCCAUGCUCUUGGCUCCCCUGAUUACUUCAAAGUAGGCUCAUAUCUGAGCUUUCUGUUUGAUUUUUAUAAUAGAAGCAUAAUCAUUCAGAGUAGCAAAAAGGUAAUUUUGGCUUCCUUCCAGCUACCGUGAGAGUUUGCCACUUUAAUUUGCACAGUCAGCCCGAAUAGGAUAAGAAAAGAAAGAGGUAAGUCAUGACUAACCUCCAUGGCAGCCACCAGAUGGUUCUUGGUACCUUUGGCUGCAGCUUGCUUUUCUGAUCCAGUCGUAGUGUUCCACUUGUUCCUGGGUUCUCUGUUCCCAGUCUGGUAACUCCAUGGGAGAUGCAUUGAUGAGAAGAAAUGAUUAGAAAAGAUUGUUGCAUUUUCUUUUGUGCAGAGGUAUCUGUUAUCACCUUAAUCCUGUCUACUGUAAAUGUUAAUAGAUUAAAGUUUUUUUCCAAAACUCAUUGAAGCAGAGUGCUAUUUUCCUCUACCAUGACCACUGAUAAAGCGAAAAUGUUAGAUAUGUGGUUAAGAAAUGCUGUGCAGCUUGUCAAAUAAGCUAAUGAUCUAACUACCACAUAUGAAACCCAUGUUGCUGCUUCCAGGAGUCUUUUCAAUAUAGAAACAGAGUAGGCCAUUCAGCCCAUCCACCAUUUGAUUAGAUCAUAGCUGAUCUGUAAAGUGCCUGCUGUGCUUAAAUAUGGUAACCCUAUCCAAUAUUACCAUUAUAAUUUUGAUGUCUAACAUGUUGAGGCUGCACUGGUGUACAUCAUGAAUGAUGUGGGCAGACGUCUGUAAAGUGUUCACACUUCAGAGUACUCAACUUUAAUUUUACAUCUACUGCUAAAAACAGCUGGAAAUUGAAUGUGAAAUUCUUUUGUGUUAACACUCCACUUAAAGUAAGAGCAGCUGUGGAAGUCAAUGAUGUAUUUGGUACCAGUUAUACAGACAGAUUUGGUUUCUUAUUAAUUGCAAAUUUCAACAUUUUAGUUGGACAAAGCUAUGCUUGUUAUAUAUUUUCUGUUAAUUAUCAAUCCAGCCUUUGAUACUUGAUUGUUGACAAGUGUUAAUAUUGAGAAAACAUAUCGUGAAUAUAUUAUAAAUAGACCCAAGUUCUGUGAAAUGCAUUUUGUGUGUAUUUGAUUUGCAGUUACUGUAUCAUUUUUCAACAAAUAGAAAUAAACUGGUCUCCCAGUCAGUCUUUGAACUGUAA